AUGGCCCAACCUAUCCAAUUAACGGCUCCUAACCAGACCUCCUAUUUACAACCUACAGGACUAUUCAUCAACAAUGAAUUUGUUCCCUCCAUCUCCGGCGACACUCUCUCAACUGUCAACCCUUUCGAUGAAUCUGUGAUCGCCAGCGUCUCAUCCGCUGGUCCAGAGGACAUCGAUCUCGCCGUGGCCGCUGCUCGAAAUGCCUUCAAGUCGGAAGAAUGGCAGUCUCUGGCUGGGUAUGACCGAGGUCAACUAUUGACUCGCCUUGCAGACCUCUGCGAUCGCGACAAGCACAUUCUCGCCACAAUCGAUGCAUGGGAUAACGGCAAGCCAUACGAGCAGGCAUUGGGCGAGGACCUUGCCGAGGUCAUCUCUGUCUUCCGUUAUUACGGUGGCUGGGCAGAUAAGAUCCACGGGCAGACCAUCCCGACCAGCGAGGCCAAGUUGGCCUACACUAGAAAUGAGCCUAUUGGAGUGUGUGGACAGAUCAUUCCUUGGAACUAUCCUGUUAUGAUGGCGGCAUGGAAACUCGGACCUGCCCUUGCGUGUGGCAAUACCGUUGUCAUCAAAGCCGCCGAACAAACCCCGCUCUCAAUCCUGUACCUCGCUUCCUUGAUUAAAGAAGCUGGCUUCCCCGCCGGAGUGGUUAACGUUGUCAAUGGCCCCGGUGCCACUGCCGGCGCCGCUAUGGCAUCACACCUGGACGUGGAUAAGAUCGCCUUUACCGGAAGCACCAACACCGGAAAAGCCAUUAUGAAAGCGGCCGCUUCGAACCUUAAGGCCAUUACCCUCGAGACAGGCGGCAAGAGCCCCUUGCUCGUCUUCGAGGAUGCCAACCUCGACCAAGCAGUGAAGUGGUCGCACGUCGGCAUCAUGAGUAAUAUGGGUCAGAUUUGCACAUCCACUUCGCGCAUCUAUGUGCAGGAGAGCAUCUACGAGACUUUCGUCGAGAAGUUCAAGCAGUACACUAUUGAGAACUCCAUCGUCGGCAGCCAAUUCGAUCCCAAGGUGAACCACGGACCUCAGGUGUCUGCUGCGCAGAAGAGUCGCAUUCUGGGGUAUCUCGAGACUGCCAAGCGUGAAGGCGCACAGCUUGUUCUUGGAGAUGAUCAGCCUUCCUCGGAUGCCAAGGGUUAUUUCGUCAAGCCCAUUAUUUUCAAAGAUACCAAUCGCGAUAUGACCCCCGUGCGGGAGGAGGUCUUUGGUCCCUUUGUCGUUAUCCAGUCUUUCAAGGACCAAAAGGAUGCGAUUGAGAAGGCUAAUGAUACUGAGUAUGGACUCGGUGCCGCUCUAUUCACGGAAAACAUUACCCGUGCUCAUAAGGUCGCUUCCGCUAUUCAGGCUGGCAUGGUUUGGAUUAACAGUUCACAAGAUUCCCACUUUGCAAUUCCAUUCGGUGGAUACAAGCAGAGUGGUAUCGGGAGGGAACUGGGUGAAUAUGCCCUUUCGGCCUACACUCAAGUAAAGGCGAUUCAUGUGAACUUGGGGACUUGGCUUUAA